AAAUAUUUUUUCUUUGGUGUAUUAUUUGAUAUUCCAAAAGUAACGAGUAUUUUUAUUUCUACAUCAAUGAAAUUCAUAUAAAAGCAUAGGAAAAUUGUGUUUUACGUAUUGUAUUUUGCUGAAUGCAACUGCGUGAGUGUUGAUUGCACUUUACAAACUUGUUUCACCGGAGAAUUUUUACUGGAUUAAAUAAAUUUUUGAUUUCAAAAUGGCUAAUCGGGAUAGUGCCGAAAAUCAAUUAAUUGACUACAAAAAUAAUUUGACAACUAGUCCAGGUUUUAUAACAACUGCUAGUGGCAAUCCUGUUGGCAUUAAGGAUGCAAUACAAACAGUAGGACCCAGGGGUCCUGCAUUGCUGCAGGAUGUACACUUUCUUGAUGAAAUGGCACAUUUUGAUAGGGAACGGAUUCCUGAACGUGUCGUUCAUGCCAAAGGAGCAGGUGCUUUCGGUUAUUUUGAAGUCACUCAUGAUAUAACAAAAUACUGCGCCGCCAAGAUUUUCGAAAAAGUUAAAAAACGUACUCCUCUUGCUGUACGUUUUUCAACAGUUGGUGGUGAAAGCGGCUCAGCAGAUACAGCACGUGAUCCUCGAGGCUUUGCAAUAAAAUUUUACACUGACGACGGUAUAUGGGAUUUGGUUGGUAAUAAUACGCCAAUAUUUUUUAUACGUGAUCCAAUACUAUUUCCCAGCUUCAUUCAUACGCAAAAACGUAAUCCCCAAACUCAUCUAAAGGAUCCGGAUAUGUUUUGGGAUUUUCUUUCUCUUCGACCGGAAUCUACUCAUCAAGUUUGUUUCUUAUUCGGAGAUCGUGGUACACCUGACGGAUAUCGUCAUAUGAACGGAUAUGGUUCCCAUACUUUCAAAAUGAUUAAUGCCACCGGAGAACCUGUCUAUGCUAAAUUUCAUUUUAAAACAGAUCAAGGAAUACGUAAUCUAGAUUCAAAGCAAGCUCAUGAAUUAAGUGCAACCGAUCCUGAUUAUAGUAUCCGUGACCUUUAUAAUGCAAUUAAAAAUGGAAACUAUCCAAGUUGGACUAUGUAUAUACAAUUGAUGACAUUUGAUCAAGCUAAGAAAUAUAAAUACAAUCCGUUUGAUUUAACAAAAGUAUGGUCUCAAAAAGAUUAUCCUUUAUUACCUGUUGGAAAAAUGGUAUUGGAUAGAAAUCCAAGCAAUUAUUUUGCUGAAGUGGAACAAAUUGCAUUUAGUCCAGCACAUAUGGUACCUGGAAUAGAACCUUCACCGGAUAAAAUGCUUCAGGGUCGU